CUUGGAAAAAAAAAACUACAAAACAAAGAUGGCGUCUCCCGGCGAGGCAGAUGUUAAUGUUCCACACGUGGAAAAAAAGAAAAAGCCUCCAGCUCGGUACUGGCAGAAGCCACAAGACAGAGAGAUAUGUGGAAACAAAGAUGGAGGACGACCUGAGCAGCAGGAGAAGCAACGGACACACAAAGCAAAGAAAAGAAAGCGAAAUGAGCAGCCGAGGGAUGGGAAGAAAGUCAUAUCAGGGAAAUCCGAUCCCUUCCCCGGGCCCGCUCCUGUCCCUAAAGACAAAUUGCAGAAAUUCAAGAGGCAAGACAAAAUUCAGAAACCUCGUCGGCAGCAUUACAGACUGAAGGACAUCAUAACUCGCUCAGAGGAAGCUUCAGAAAUGGCGCAGAAACAAGCUGCUCGGUUUGACCUCCUGCUGCCGGAGGACGCAGGCUUUUUAGAAGGAGAUGAAGACGAGGACACAUGUAUGAUCUCACAGGAGGAUAUUGCAGACGCUGUGGACAUUACAUCUGGAGCAAAGUAUUUUAAUCUUAAACUGAGUCAGUUUGGUCCGUAUCGUCUGGAUUACAGCAGAACCGGACGCCAUCUGCUGCUGGGUGGGAGGAGAGGCCACGUGGCUUGUGUAGACUGGCAGUCCAAACAGCUCAUGUGUGAAAUAAAUGUCAUGGAGUCCAUCAACGACGUGAAGUGGCUCCACACUGAGCACAUGUACGCUGUGGCUCAGAAGAAGUGGCUUUACAUCUACGACUCCAAUGGGAUAGAGUUGCACUGCAUCCGCACGUUCAACGACGUCUUACGAAUGCAGUUCCUCCCAUACCACUUCCUCCUGGCUACAGCAAGCGCGACGGGCUUCCUGCAGUACCUGGACGUGUCGGUUGGAAAGGAGGUGGCAGCCAUCAGCACCAAGACCGGCCGGCUUGACGUGAUGUGCCAAAACCCUCACAAUGCCGUCGUCCACCUCGGCCACCCCAACGGCACUGUCACGCUUUGGUCGCCCAAUCAGAAGGAAGCCCUCGUCAAAAUGCUCUGUCACCAAGGUGGCGUUCGCUCAGUCGCUGUGGACAAGACUGGCACAUACAUGAUUACAUCUGGAAUGGAUAAAAAAAUGAAAGUUUUUGACGUCAGAGCUUUCAAACCGCUCAGGUCCUACUUCCUUCCUGCUGGAGCUUCAUGUUUGUCUCUGAGCCAGAGAGGACUGCUCUCUGCAGCCACAGGGGACAUUGUUCAGGUGUACAGGGAUGUGUGGAGCACGCCAGUCACUAAACCCUACAUGGCUCACAGAGUGCGAGGAUUAGUUUGGGGACUGCACUUUUGUCCCUUUGAGGAUGUCCUUGGAGUUGGGCACGGAGAGGGUUUCACCAGCAUGCUUGUUCCAGGAGCUGGUGAGCCUAACUUUGACGGCCUGGAUGCAAAUCCUUACCGCAGUGCGAAGCAGAGGCAGGAGUGGGAGGUCAAAGCUCUCCUGGAGAAGAUUCAGCCAGAGCUCAUUACUCUUGACCCCACAGAGCUGGCUCAAGUUGACCGUACUACCUUUGAGCAAAGGCAUCGAGACAGAGUGGAAGCUUUGGGCUUUGAUCCACUUGCCAAGGAGAAAUUCGUUCCAAAAUUCAAGAAAAAAGGCCGCAGUUCAGCUGGUGGUGUUGAAAGGCGCAAAAAGCAAGUGGCUCAUGAGGACCAGAGGGACGUCAUUAGGAAAACUGUGGAGGACAGAACGAAAGUGGAGGAAGAGCGAAUGAAGAUGGAGGAGAAGAAAGCAACACUGUCUGGGAAACGAUCUGCUCUGGACAGAUUCAAAAAAUAGAAAAGGACUCUAUACUGCUCAAAAUGCAGUGACAUUCUGUGGGUGUGACGUUUGACCUUCACAUUCAAACAAAGGACCCAGUGGUCUGUUGGGACAAUGUAUGAGCAGCAGAAAUUCUGGAUGUUGUGGGCAGCUGUGGCCUGGAUUCUGAUGGGAAACAGUUAAUGAAAUCAAUGUUGAGUGCCCCAGUUGGUCUGUUCUGCUUAUUGACUGUAGCCUGAAGCAGGUCAUGUUUUGUAAUCAUGUGAUGGACCGUAGCUGCCAUUAAUUGUCACCCAGCUUCUUCUUUUUGUAUUAAUUAAAGAUACUUUCCACACA